AUGUACAGUUCUGCGGGAUUUCUCUCAUCACCUGUUCUUAAGUCUUUACCACCCUUUUCUAGCAAACAAUCUUUCACGCUCUGGAGAGAUAAUCAGAGUGUUGCCUCACGGCAAACAUCUGCAGUCAAGCCUGGAUUCAGAAAAUUGCUUGGGAAUCUACCAGUCAUUCCGCCAUCAACAAUCUCAAGGCAUGGAAGGGUCAAGCAGAGUUCAGCUAUGUCAGCUGUUCUGACUGAUGACAACUCAACAAUGACAAACAUUGAGGAUGACACUGAAAAUAUUGGUAUCUUGGCUGUGGAUCCUGGCUUGGAACCAUAUAAAGACCACUUUAAUUAUAGAGUGAACAGAUAUGUUGAACAGAAAAGGCUUAUUGAAAAAUAUGAAGGAAGCCUAGAGGAAUUUGGGCAAGGUUAUUUAAAAUUUGGUUUUAACCAAGAAGAAGGUGGCAUCGUGUACCGUGAAUGGGCCCCUGCUGCACAAGAAGCCCAAGUUAUUGGGGACUUCAAUGGGUGGGAUGGUUCCAACCACAAUAUGGAAAAGAAUCAGUUUGGAGUAUGGAGUAUCAAAAUUCUUGAUUCUGGUGGAAAUCCAGCCAUUCCUCACAAUUCAAGAGUCAAGUUCCGGUUCAAGCAUGGCGAUGGAGUUUGGCUUGAUAGAAUCCCAGCUUGGAUAAAGUAUGCCACUGUGGACCCUACAAGAUUUGCUGCACCUUAUGAUGGUGUAUACUGGGACCCACCACCUUCAGAAAGGUGCUAA